AAUAGUCACAUACAUGUAAAAACUCACGUUAAAUCUAAAGUUCUGAUAAUUUCGUGCAAUGUUGGCUAAAUUUGCGAUAGCAUGCAUGAUCAGUCCCGCGAGAACUCACCAUCUGUGAGAAGGGGUGGUCGCAAAUUUCAAUUACAUUUGGCUUUCGUCAAACCAUGCAGCCUAAGUUCUUGUUGGAAAUUCCCAGCGUUAAUUGAAAUUUCUUUGAAUUUGGCUCCUAAGGCGUAAUCCGAUGGAUAAGCCUGACACUUCUUACCUGUUUGAUGCCAAAAUGGAGCUACACCCCGAAGAGGAAAGCUUUGCACAGCCAACGAUAAUUCUCAAAAAUAAAGGGGAAAAUCGGUGUAAUGUGGUUCGAGUUACAGCAGUUGUGGUGAUAAUCGGUGUUGUGGCUGCGGCAUUUAUUGGUGGGUACAUGGUACGCAGAACUGUAUCUAAAUGUAAAAAAGAAGGCAGUGGCGAUGUUCCGUCGUCCCCGGCUCCCUCACAAGUUCGACUGCAGGAAAUCUUGGAAGAAAUGUCUGCGGAGCAGAUCGAAGGGAACUUGAGAAAAUUGACGCUUCAUCCACAUCAUGCCAGCUCUAAGAGAAAUGAUGAACUAGCAGAUUGGAUCAAGGAUGAAUGGGAAAGUUUGGGGUUUGAGGUCAAGUUAAUCAGGUAUAAUGUUCUUCUUUCCUUCCCUGUGAAGGGGAAAAUAAAUGGAGCUAAACUUUAUGAUGGAAGUGGAAAAGUUCAGUUUCAAACUGCUGAGAAGGAGAAGGUCAUGGAGCCAUCUGAAGAAUCACCUGACGCAUUACCUCCUUUCAGUGGCUAUUCACCCACUGGCAAGGAAAAGGGUGACUUGAUGUAUGUCAAUUAUGGAAGACGUGAAGAUUUUGAAUUAUUGAGUAGUAGGAACAUCAGCUGUUUCGGGAAGAUUGUCAUCGCAAGAUACGGGCGUGUCUUCAGAGGUGACAAGGUAACCAAUGCACAGAACUGUGGAGCAAAAGCUAUCCUGAUAUACAAUGACCCUAGUGAUUUUGCACCUGUCUCAGACGAGGAUCUUUUUCCUCAUGGCUGGUGGCUGCCUAGGUCGGGUGUACAGCGUGGCUCAAUUCUCAUUGGCACCGGUGAUCCUCUCACUCCAAGAUAUCCUUCAAAAGAUGGUAUUUAUCGGAAGAGUUCGGAUGAAAUCAAAAUGCCACAUAUUCCUGCUCAUCCAAUUUCAGCCGAGGAUGCAGAACGCUUUCUGAGACUUCUUGGAGGGGAUGAGGCCCCGGAUGACUGGCAAGGUGGAUUACAUAUCACUUAUCGACUUGGACCGGGAUUUUCUAGUAAUUAUAGUGACUGGAAAGUGGAAGUGGAAACCAAUAACGAUCAUACAAAGAAGAACAUAACUAACGUCAUCGCUAUCUUAAAAGGAUCACUUGAACCAGGGUGGAGACCACGUCGAUCUAUUGUUCUCUGUAGUUGGGGAGGCGAAGAGUAUGGUCUCUUGGGAUCAACUGAGUGGGUUGAGGACAACGUUCACUUACUCUAUCAAAGAGCAGUGGCUUAUCUGAAUGUUGACUCUCCCAUGAGAGGUAACUACAGUCUUUUUGUCAGAGCAAGCCCCCUUUUGCACCAGGCUUUGUUUACUGCUACAAAACAGGUGAAAAAUCCUAUUGAUAUUAAACAAUCGGUUUAUGAAAACUGGCUGGAUAAAUUUCCUGCUGCUGAUGGACUGAAUCCAAAAGUUCCUCCUCUUGGCUCAGGCAGUGACUAUUCUCCAUUUUGUCAAAGAGCUGGAGUCCCUUCAGCGGAUAUCCGAUACGUUUUUGACAUGCACAACAUCUCCGCUUACCCAGCAUAUCAUACUAUCCAUGACACGUUCUACUAUGUCAAGACGUUUGUGGAUCCACAGUUUUCAACCCACUUGGCUAUCGCACGAGUAUGGGUCAGUACUGCAUUCCUAUUGGCUGAGACCCCUGUGCUGCCAAUCAACUGCUCGGACUACGCUGCUGCCCUUAAGAAAGGCUUUCGUGACAUAAAUACCAAAUAUGGAAAAACUCUUGAACAAAAAGGAAUUUCUCUUGGCAUUCAAUUUUCGCCCCCAGUCUCUACAACUCCUACGCAAGUGCCACGUUCCCAGGCCUUCACGAUGCCUUGGUUGAAGCGGUCAACAAUGGCCUGCAUAAUGGAACGUGGUCGGUGGUGAAAGAGGAGCUCUCAGAAACUAUUGUGGCCGUUGAAUGGGCAGCUCAGUUUUUGAAAUCAGAAGUUUAGGUAGUUGCUCCUUCAAAGGCCUAAAGUCUGUACCGGAAUUGUUACAUUAAAUUAACGUUACAAUGUAUACUUGAUAUUUAAAUCAUACUUUUUUUUUUUUUUUGUAAUUAUUAUUAUCAUUAUUUCGUACAUAAUAGCUUUAAUUGUGUAUAAUUGGGUUAAAAUUUCGUGAAUCAAGAGACAAACCAGAAAAGAGAAAAAUAUUAUUUCGGGAUCGUUUUAAAAGAUACCAACUUGAAAUUAUUCUUAUUUAUUUAGAAAUUUAUUUGUUUGAGAUUUAGUGUAUAAUUAUUAUCUUUUUAUUUAACAUAUAUUAUUGAGUCUAAUAUUAUUUUUAAUUUCUUUAGAGACAAAGCACAAUUUUAUCCGAAAUCACCAUUGAUGCUUUUUCAAAAAAAAUUUUUUAUGUCUCGCAAACUUUAUAUUCUACGCACAACUUUUCACAUUUUGUGUUCAUUUAUCAUUUAAAACUUACAUUUAAAAGCUACGGCAUUUAAGAGGACCAUUCACCCUUCCUUCUCUUUUUAUGUAACUUCGUCUGUUUGGUUUGGGUGUGAGCAGAAGUUUUUGUCUGUCGUUUUAGCUUAAAGGAAACACUAUUUUAAAUGAUUUGUGUUCGAAAAACGUACGUUAUUUUUUGUCAAUGAAUUUCGCCAAUUUUUUUAAUUAUUUCCCUUGAGUUACAUUUGUUGGGUUGCUUUUCACAUGAUUAGCACGUAGAAGUAUCUGAGCAACUAAGCGCCAACCCCUCCCAUCCCCUCAUCAGUUGACUGUCGUUGUGUUAAGGGAGGGGAAGGUGAGCAGUUGCUCUGAUACUGACAUUGAUUUGGAAGCCUACAGUGGCGGAUCUAGGGGAGGGGCACGAGGGAUUCCCCCCUUAUAUUGGGUAAAAAAAUUAACACAGAGGGAAGAAAAGCCGGGAGGGGAACACAUACAAACAAAAACGCACCCCGUCCCUCCCCUCCCCCUCUAGCUUAAGGUCUGGAUCUGCCACUGGCUUGUACUGAUGUGUAAGCACUCGAAAUCGACAUAGGUAUAUUCGCACUAAUGGAGCUCGUUAUUCACAUGGCAAAGGUUGCCUGGACAACUCCUAAUAUUCUUUCCUCAGACUCUGUCUGUUGGUCAUGGCAUAGUAAGUAGUAUCACAAAAAGAAAAGUAUCGCUGGUGCGAUUGUUGAAUGGUGAUCAGUGAUGGUUUGUGUUAGUAUCCAUGCGUCCAAGCAGAUAACUUAUUGAGAUCUGCCGUCUUUAUCAAGACUAUCAGUUUAUAGCGAUUCUCGAUUAAGGGGUGUUGUCUAAAACAAACUUGAUCAUAACAGCGAAUCGGAAGAAAGAAUAAACUUUUAAGAGCCAAUUAGGACUCAAAGUUAAAACAAGCAAACUGUCUAAAGCGCGGGAAAAUGCGGAUGACCAAGUCGUGCUUGUUUUUAGCUUUGCUUCUGCUUGGUUGAGAGAGUGGCUCGAGUUUUCUGGACCAAUUACAAACUGCCUAAAGCGUGGGAAAACGCUGGCGACCAAGUCGUGAUUGUUUUAGUUUUGCUUCCGAUAUGGCGCGAGUUUUCUGGACCAAUCAUAGAGCGAAGUUAUGCAAAACCAAGCAAUCACGGAUUACUUUCGAAACAGUUAAAAAUUACUCUAAAAAUAUGAAAAAAUAUACAUACCUCAACUAGCAAUAAUGUCAUAAGAAUUCAAUAAAUCUGCAUUGAACGGCC